AUGUUGAGCGAGGACAACUUCGCUGCCAUAAGUGUUCGUCCAUGGACGAGUCUCUACUUCAUGUUCUUCGUAAUUGACCCGACGCUAAUCAAGCAUGGGUCCUCCUUGUUCCGCCGCGUGUUCGUCACCUUUUCUUCAAAGUGGCUCGGUUCUAACUUAUUGAACUUGUUCGAUAUUCUUGUUGACGCCAACUGGGAGUGUUUUGUUUGGAGUGACCUUGUGGAAAUUAUGGCAAUGGUUCGUGGCAAGGAAGCCAAUGAUAAGGUUCAUGAGAUCAAUAGCUUCGUUAAUGGCGUGCUCCAAUUUGCGAAGAGCGACAAGAAACUU